UUUUUUUUUUUUUUUUUUUUUUUUGGUGGUCUCUCCGGCAGCGGCUGUUCUUCCCCAGCAGCAGCGGCAGCAGCAGCAGCAGCAGUACAGGCAAUGACUCUGCCGCAUACGAAUCGCCUAGCCGGUGGUGCUGGCUCCGGAGACGUCACCUUUCUCUGAAGUUGCCCACCUGGAGGAGGUAAAUCGGCGCGGGGCUUUGGUCCAGAGGGGUCGGCGACGACGGGGAAGAGGAGGGAGCGAUCGCUUCCCCUAUCCCCGCACACCCUCCGUCCUCUGGGAGGGAGCCUGUGUGGCAGAAGAACACGGCAGAAAAGGAAAGACUUUUUUUCUUCCUAUUUUUUCCUUUUUAAAUUUUUUAAUUUUUUUAAAAUUUUUCUUCCUUGAGGGACGUUCCUUGCUUCUCAUCCCCCCAUUUUUCUCCUGGCUGGGGGCUUUGGUACUGUGGCCAGGUCUGCUUCCUGCCCCCACCCCUGGUUUUAAUGGAUGGAUUGUGGCAGCAGCUCCCUGCUGCAGGUUGUUGAGGAACUGAUGGGGACUUGCAUCUCAGGAGCCGGAGGUGACUAAAGAAAUGCUGAAUUCUGUACUCUGCAAAAAAUAGUGUGUGGAUUUUUAGCACGUGAAGAACAAGAAAAGGUCUCAGACUCUGGAUACUGGCAGUGGGAUUUUUUUAUUAUUAUUAUUAUUUUUGAUUGUUUUUUCCCCCUUUUCGGAUGUGAAUUGAAGGCCAACAGUUGAAGUGUUGGAAGCAAGUACAGGAGGACGCUCACCUUGUUUUGUUUGAACCCUCGUUUGCUGGGAUACUUUCAAGCCCUCCUUCACAGUCAUGUGGUCAUCACAGCUGCUGUUCUUCACAAUGCUCUUAACACCGUUAGCCCAUGCCUGGAUUUCUUUUAAAACAGCUUUCAGCCGUGCCCCGGUCCCCAUGGCUGUGGUCCGAAGGGAGCUGUCCUGUGAGAGUUACCCCAUAGAGCUUCGCUGCCCGGGAACAGAUGUUAUCAUGAUCGAAAGUGCCAACUACGGGAGAACUGAUGAUAAAAUCUGUGACUCUGAUCCUGCUCAGAUGGAGAAUAUCCGCUGUUAUCUGCCAGAUGCCUAUAAGAUUAUGACUCAAAGAUGCAGUAAUCGGACCCAAUGUGCAGUUGUCGCUGGCCCUGAUGUGUUUCCAGACCCUUGCCCUGGGACGUACAAGUACCUGGAAGUGCAGUAUGAAUGUGUCCCUUACAUUUUUCUUUGCCCUGGACUGCUGAAAGGAGUAUACCAGAGCGAACACUUAUUCGAAUCUGACCACCAGUCUGGUGCCUGGUGCAAGGACCCUCUGCAGGCAUCCGACAAGAUCUACUACAUGCCCUGGACGCCGUAUCGGACAGACACACUGACGGAGUACUCCUCCAAGGACGACUUCAUUGCUGGGAGGCCAACCACGACCUACAAACUUCCACACCGGGUGGACGGCACAGGGUUCGUUGUGUACGACGGGGCUUUGUUCUUCAACAAGGAACGAACCAGGAACAUAGUCAAGUUUGACUUGCGGACAAGGAUAAAAAGCGGGGAGGCUAUCAUAGCUAAUGCAAAUUACCAUGACACCUCUCCCUACCGCUGGGGAGGUAAGUCUGAUAUAGACCUGGCUGUGGAUGAGAAUGGGCUGUGGGUAAUCUAUGCAACAGAACAAAAUAAUGGCAAAAUAGUCAUUAGCCAGUUAAACCCUUACACGUUAAGGAUUGAAGGGACAUGGGAUACUGCCUAUGACAAGAGGUCAGCUUCUAACGCCUUCAUGAUCUGUGGGAUUUUAUAUGUGGUAAAGUCUGUGUAUGAAGAUGACGACAAUGAAGCCACAGGGAAUAAGAUAGACUACAUAUAUAACACUGACCAAAGCAAGGAUAGCAUGGUGGAUGUGCCCUUUCCAAACUCCUACCAGUACAUUGCUGCUGUGGAUUAUAAUCCCCGGGACAACCUCCUUUAUGUAUGGAACAACUAUCAUGUUGUGAAAUAUUCCUUGGACUUUGGCCCACUGGACAGCAGAGCAGGGCAGGCUCACCAUGGGCAAGUUUCCUACAUUGCCCCACCGAUCCACCUCGAUUCAGAUCUGGAGAGACCGCCAUCCAAGGGAGUAUCGACAUCAGGGGCUCUGGGCCCAGGGAGCACCACCGUCAGCACCACACCACGAGUGGCCACCAGCAGCACCGGCCGCCCCACCACCACCUCGGCCUUGGGCAGGAGGAACAGGAGCACCAGCACGCCAUCUCCCAUGGCUGACGUCCCCGACGAAAUGACCACGCACCUGCCACCCGCCUCCUCCCAGUUGCCACCGGCUGGCACAGAGAGCUGCGACCCAAUGGAAGCCCGUGAUAUUAUGUGGUCUCGGACUCGGCAGGGCCAGGUGGCAAAGCAGCCAUGUCCCAUGGGCUCGAUAGGUGUUGCAACUUUCCGGUGUCUUGCGCCAGAUGGGAUUUGGGAGCCCCAAGGACCUGAUCUCAGCAACUGCUCUUCUCCCUGGAUCAACCACAUCACUCAGAAGAUGAAGUCAGGGGAGAUGGCUGCCAACAUUGCCCGGGAGCUUGCAGAGCACACAAAAAACCACUUGUACGCUGGUGACAUCACGUACUCCGUGUCUGCCAUGGUCCAGCUGGUGAACUUGCUUGACGUGCAGCUCCGAAACCUGACUCCGGGUGGGAAGGACAGUGCUGCACGCAGCUUAAAUAAGCUUCAGAAAAGGGAGCGCUCUUGCAGGGCCUAUGUCCAGGCCAUGGUGGAGACAGUGAACAACCUCCUGCAGCCACAGGCUCUGAACGCGUGGAGGGACCUGAACGCAAGUGAACAGCAGCGCGCAGCCACCAAGUUACUUGACACCGUGGAGGACAGUGCCUUCGUGCUGGCUGAUAACCUGCUGAAGACAGACAUCGUCCGGGAAAACACUGACAACAUCCAACUGGAAGUUGCGAGACUAAGCACCGAUGGUAAUCUGGAAGACCUGAAGUUUCCCCAGAACAUGGGCCAUGGGAGCGCCAUUCAGCUGUCAGCAAAUACCUUGAAACAAAAUGGCCGAAACGGUGAAAUCAGGGUGGCUUUUGUGCUGUACAACAACUUGGGCACCUACCUCUCUACGGAGAAUGCCAGCAUGAAGUUGGGAACAGAAGCAAUGUCGACUAAUCACUCUGUCAUUGUCAACUCCCCUGUCAUCACAGCAGCAAUAAACAAAGAGUUCAGCAAUAAGGUUUACCUAGCUGAUCCUGUGGUGUUUACUGUCAAGCACAUCAAGCAGUCAGAAGAAAAUUUCAAUCCAAACUGUUCAUUCUGGAGCUAUACAAAGCGUACAAUGACAGGGUAUUGGUCCACCCAGGGAUGUCGCCUCCUGACAACUAACAAGACGCACACCACAUGCUCCUGCAAUCACCUAACCAACUUUGCAGUCCUGAUGGCACACGUGGAAGUUAAGCACAGUGAUGCAGUCCAUGACCUGCUCCUGGACUUUAUCACGUGGGUUGGCAUCCUGCUGUCACUGGUCUGCCUCCUGAUCUGUAUCUUCACCUUCUGCUUCUUCCGUGGGCUGCAGAGCGACCGCAACACGAUUCACAAGAACUUGUGCAUCAGCCUCUUUGUGGCAGAACUCCUCUUCCUCAUUGGUAUCAACCGGACUGACCAGCCGAUUGCCUGUGCUGUCUUUGCUGCCCUCCUGCACUUCUUCUUCCUGGCGGCUUUCACCUGGAUGUUCCUGGAGGGGGUGCAGCUCUACAUCAUGCUGGUGGAGGUUUUCGAGAGCGAACACUCCCGGAGGAAGUACUUCUAUUUGGUUGGCUACGGCAUGCCUGCGCUGAUUGUGGCUGUAUCAGCAGCGGUGGACUACCGGAGCUACGGCACGGACAAAGUAUGUUGGCUUCGACUUGACACUUACUUCAUUUGGAGCUUUAUAGGACCGGCGACCUUGAUAAUUAUGCUUAAUGUCAUCUUCCUUGGGAUCGCUCUCUAUAAAAUGUUUCAUCAUACUGCCAUACUGAAACCCGAAUCUGGAUGUCUUGACAAUAUCAACUAUGAGGAUAACAGACCCUUCAUCAAGUCCUGGGUUAUAGGUGCAAUAGCCCUACUCUGCCUAUUAGGACUGACCUGGGCCUUCGGACUCAUGUAUAUUAAUGAAAGCACAGUCAUCAUGGCGUAUCUCUUCACCAUAUUCAAUUCUCUGCAGGGAAUGUUUAUAUUCAUUUUCCAUUGUGUCCUCCAGAAAAAGGUACGUAAAGAGUAUGGAAAAUGCCUGCGCACACAUUGCUGUAGUGGGAAAAGUACAGAGAGCUCUAUCGGCUCAGGAAAAACCUCGGGGUCACGGACACCUGGAAGAUAUUCCACAGGCUCACAGAGCCGGAUUCGUAGGAUGUGGAAUGACACAGUUCGAAAGCAGUCCGAGUCUUCCUUUAUUACUGGAGAUAUAAACAGUUCAGCUUCACUCAACAGAGGAGCCAUGGCUAAUCAUCUUAUAACCAAUGCUCUGCUUCGUCCUCAUGGCACUAACAACCCUUAUAAUACAUUGCUCGGGGAAUCGGCGGUCUAUAACAACCCUUCUGUCAGCAUGUACAACGCACAAGAGCCCUACAGAGAGACAAAGGGGCUUCUGAACAAUGCCAGGGAUACAAGUGUCACGGAUACUCUACCACUGAAUGGUAAUCACGGCAACAGCUACAGCAUCGCCAGCGGCGAGUACCUCAGCAACUGCGUGCAAAUCCUUGACCGCGGGUACAACCACACCGAGAACGCCCUCGAGAAAAAGAUCCUGAAGGAACUCACCUCCAACUACAUCCCUUCCUACCUGAACAACCACGAGCGCUCCAGCGAGCAGAGCCGCAACCUGAUGAACAAACUCGUCAACAGCGUGGGCGGAGGGAGCGAGGACGACGCCAUCGUGCUGGACGACGCCACCUCCUUCACCCAUGAGGAGAGCCUGGGCCUGGAGCUCAUCCAUGAGGAGUCGGACGCCCCACUGCUGCCCCCCAGGGUGUACUCAGCGGACAACCACCAGCCCCACCUCUACAGCCGACGGCGCAUCCCACAAGACAACAGUGAGAGCUUUUUCCCCUUGCUGACCAACGAGCACACGGACGACCUCCAGUCGCCCAACAGGGAUUCUCUCUACACCAGUAUGCCCGCGCUGGCUGGCAUGCCCAUGACGGAAAGCGUCACCGCCAGCACCCAGACCGAUCCCCCACCAGCCAAAAGCAGUGGUGGCGAUGCCGACGAUGUUUACUACAAAAGCAUGCCCAAUCUCGGCUCCAGGAACCACGUCCAUCAGCUACACACUUAUUACCAGCUAGGUCGAGGCAGCAGCGAUGGUUUUAUAGUCCCGCCAAACAAAGAGGGAACCCCCCCGGACGGCAAUGCAAAAGGACCCGCUCACUUGGUCACUAGUCUAUAGAAGAUUCAGCAAAAAUUAGGCAAAGAGACAACAAAAAGCCCCUCUGUAAUGCUUGGUUUACUGUUCUGAGUUAAUCCAAACAGUGGUAAUAUUGUGUGUACUCCUAAAUCUUCAUGCUGUUCAAAAGGAAACUCUCGGACUUUUUUUACUGGAAUUUUUAGGCCGGCCUGGAGAAGACAGUAACUGCUGCCCCCUCUUCUCCCCCAUCCUCCUUCCCUCCAGACAGACUUCAUUAUGUUAAUGAAAGAGAUAGAUAACGGCACACUUCGUGGCCUUCUCAAGUUAUGCUGUGUUUGUUUAAACAAUCCUUGAUGCUGUGUUGCUCUUAAUACCGAGGACCUGAUUUAAGAGGGAAAAAAAAAAACCACAAAAAAAAGCAAAGAAAAAAAAUAAAGGCCAAAAAUGUGCAUUUGAAACUAGUAGCAAUGACGCAUCUAGGUGGGAGCGCUGCACAAAAACAAGCUAGCAAAACUCUUUCUUACCAAUCCAGAUCACGUCAUGGGUUUUGGUCACUCACAACUUGGUUUCACCGCAGUGCCCUUUGCUGCGGGAGCAAACAAAACAAAAACAAAUUUAAUGAGACAGAAGGGAAUCCUAGAAUUCUGUGCUAAAGGCAUAUUUUACAUUUUGCUGUAUUAACGGAUGAUAAAAACUAAUGGCAGAAAAAGAGAAGCAAACAAUUUCUAUGUAAUGUACAGAUACUAGCAUUGCACAUAUAGUCUGCUUUCUGUUCCUCCAGACUUGCGUCCCUGUUAAUGUAGUGGAAAAAAAAAAAAAAAAGAACUUUUUUCUGUUGUGCUGGUCUUGUAAGUUUGUCUACCAGUAGGAGCAAGGUUUUUCAUAACUCCUCCUUUUUUCUUUUUUGUUUUUUAAUUUUGUUCUGUCUCUUCCAGCCUCUCCCCUCCAUCCCCUCCCCAUCCUGGUAAAAACAUCUCACUGGGAAAAAAAAAAAAGAAUAUCACUUUCUAAGGACCAUUUUUAGUAACCCCCAUCACCAUUCCUUUUCAGCCAAGGCAAUGUUUUUUAUUUCCUUGCUGUAUAACUUUCUUCAGCCGGUGUAUUGCCAGCAGACCUUUUAGCAGACUAGAGCAGGGCGAACUUCCCCAUUGACAUUGCACAACAGAUUGUGACGAUAAUCCUGUGAAGCAUCUUUGGCGAGCAGCCCCUCAGCCAGGCCGUAGGGUCACAUCCAGGAGCCGAGAGGUUUUUUUUUUAUAGUGGUUGUGGGGCUUCUACAGGCGACGGCCAUUUCCCUGGAGGAGCGAAGGGCCUUCACGGCUCCAUCUGGUCCCCAGUUUAGGCACUUGUACUGCAGUGGUUAAGAGGAAAAUCAAUUGACAUGUAGUAAGCAAAAAAGUACUUUGCAGUGAUUUUAAAAAAAAAAAAAAGUCUUCUGUUCAUUAUUUUUCCUAACAGGAAAUUUAUUUAUUUGACAGGAUUUUUAAGUAACAUAGGCUUUCUGGAGGUAAAUUAGCAGCACGGAGUAUGAAUUCUUCUUUUUUCUUUUUUUUUUUUUAAUUUAUGAUCCAUUUUGUACGGUCUCAACAGUUGAAUGACCUCAUUACUAAUAUUUGUUGUAAAAGUGAAGCUUGUUUGCCAACCAAUAAACAACUGAUCACGAUUUAGAAGAUACUGUAUGUAUGUACUGUACGAUUAAUCACUCUUUUUCUGUUGUUGUUCCUCUCUCCAUUACUGUCUUCAGUAUGAGUCUCCACUCCUUUACGGCAUGGGUGAGCAAUGCCAAAGAAAGGAGGCCUAAGCUGAGUGAUUUAAGCACAAAGGUUGCACAGCUACAGCUGACUAGAAAUAUCAGGCUAGUGGUACUUGUUUAGGGGCAAGAACAACACCGGUCGACAUUUGUUGCAGAUGAUUCUAGGUCUGUUUUGUGCCUACUGUAUAAACUAGCUGACGACACGCGGAUCAUUUGAGUAUAGUAUUUCAUGUGUCGUACCUUUUAAUCAUUGUAAUGAUUUUUUUUUUUUUUUUAUUUUGGUUCUGAGAUUAAAAACUGCUGGUAGCAUGUCAAAGAGUAAAACAAGUCCCCGUUAGGCCUCCUCGGUCAUUGUUUGCUGUCUCUUUAUUUUCUUGCUCUGGGCAUACUCAAAGCACCAUCACCGUCCUCGGCCACAUCGCCCCUCCUGUCCCGCCACUGCCGAUGGCUGCUCUCCUCCAGCUGUGCUUUGCUGCUCUCCUCCAACCUCCCCCUUCAAAUCCCUUGGGAGGAAUUAGGAUUCACCAUCAAGAUCUAGAAAGCCACAAAAUAGACUAGAAAGGUUGACAGUGAAAAUAGCCACCUCUGGACAUGCUCGGUACCAAUUUUUCAUUACACGAUUUUUCACAAAGCCUUGGGCUUUGGGGUCUGAUGCUGCGUCCAUCCAAGCUGCUUUCAUCUAACUCCCAUCAAGAUGGGUAAAAGCCAAAAGAUUUGGAGCAGGCAGGUGAUGAGACAAGAUAUUCCCAGUGCUGAAGGAUAAAUGCAGCAGCAGAGCAGCUC